GAGGCCCAGAAUGGAGGCAUCUGCACCCAGACCCGAAUGUCCUAUUAAUCACAUUGCUUGUAUAGUAUGGGGGAAACAAAGAGGAAUACGUGUACAUUUGUUGGGACUAUCCUUUCUGGCCUUGAUACUUCUAGGCGGAAGGUUAUACGAAGUAGAUCGAGAAGUGAGUUUUCUCGAUCUAGUAAUGAACACCUGGCUACCGAAACCAAGGUCGGAAAGUUCAUCUUCCAAACCUAACACGUCUCCCGUAGCUUUAUCAGCUAAAGCGCAUCGACCUGUUGGGCACGGACCGGUCACUAGAACAAUUACUAUCGAUCCUACGCGUAGACUACUUCAUACGACAAAUUUAAGGAUAGAUUUAGAUUAUUUUGUAGUCGAAUUAUCUACGGCCAGAACUACUUUAAUAUUAAGUGUCGUGUUCGUUGCAAUAUUUAUUUUAAGUUGGUGGUGGAUGGCAUUCGCCAUCAAACAAGCUCGCGAUGAUGGGACGGUGUCUCUUCGCACAGUUCUGUUAUUGGCAGUAUUUGCUGCUGUAGAUGUUGCUGCUAGUGCUGGAUUUAUUCUACUUAGAAUUAUCAUGUUUCAGUCUAGUUGUGGAGCUACAGACAUUCUGGUCAUUGUAGUUAUUGGUUUUCUAACGGGGUUGAGGGUGUAUAGUGUUGUGUGCGUAUUUUCCUAUUAUAAAAAAGCAAAAAAUGGUGCAAUAGAUUCCUAUCAAAAUCAUUUAUUGAUCGGGUCAGAAUUAUCUUUAAAAAGUGACAAGCUUAAAGAUAACGAAUCCUAUAUACCAAGACCUAUAAUAGGCAAUUACUCCAAGCGUCAAAAUGGAGGUGCGACGUUUGGGAGCCGCGAAAGAUUGUCGAGGGAGAGAUUAUCCAGUUUAACCCCUUCUGGGUCAACUUUAGAAGAAGAAUUACAAGAAAUUAAGAUACAAGCGGCCGACAUGGCUACAGAACUUCAAAGAGCUGCAUUAUAUAGUGCUGCUCAAGCUGUUCGGUUGUACAGUACCGAAAAACAUAUCGCCGAAAGUAUUAAACAGGAUUUUGAUCACUUUUAUCAUCCCACGUGGCAUUGUAUCGUAGGGAGGAAUUGGGGAAGUUGUGUGACUCAUUCUAAACAGUGUUACAUCAGAAUGGCUUAUAAAGACUUAACUAUAUUACUAUACAAGUCUACUUGAUGAAGAUGGUGAUUAUGUUAAGGAAGAACGUUUUUAAUUACAUGAAAGAAUAAAAAAAUGCACUAAUACAAGCUAAUUCUGAAGAUGGACACUUAUACUGUGAUACAUCUCUUUUAUUUAUAAAUAAUUCAAUUCUACAUAUUCACAGAAGACGUACGGGUAAAUGUCAUAACGUGUCUGAAUACCAAGAAGAUAUUAAGAUGCUAGAAGCAUAACUAAAAUGUGAAUAAUAAAUAAUUUGUGCGCAUUUAAUAAACUAUUUCAUUAUACCAAAGUUUAUUGUUCAUUUUGAUAAUAAAACUGUGAAUUUAUUGUUCCAUUUCUUAUAAAACU